AAAAUAAAAAAAGAAAAUAAAAAAAGGAAAAUCACUCGUCACUCUUCACAGUAGCUUUAUUCUUGUUUCUCUCUUCUGCACCGCGAAGUUGAGGUGAAGAGGAAGCGUUCUUCAUCUUCUUCUUCUUCUUCGUUGUUCCAAUUUGAUUCAAGAUUGAUUGAAGAUGAUAGACUUUGCUCGCGUGCAGAAGGAGCUUGUGGAAUGCAGCAAGGACGCAGAGGGAUCCGGCAUCCGUGUCGUCCCUAAAGGCGACACCAGCCUUGUUCUCUUGCUCGGCACCAUUCCUGGCCCUGUUGGGACUCCCUAUGAAGGGGGUGUUUUUCAGAUUGAUAUCACAUUGCCUGAUGGGUACCCGUUUGAACCACCUAAGAUGCGGUUUACCACCAAAGUCUGGCACCCUAAUAUCAGCAGCCAGAGUGGAGCUAUUUGUCUGGACAUCUUAAAAGACCAGUGGAGCCCAGCGCUCACUCUGAAGACUGCCCUUCUUUCUGUGCAAGCACUUCUCUCUGCUCCUCAGCCUGAUGAUCCUCAAGAUGCUGUUGUGGCGCAGCAGUAUCUGAAAGACUAUCAAACAUUUGUUAACACUGCUCGCUACUGGACUGAAAGUUUUGCAAAGGCAUCAUCUCGUGGGAUCGAAGAUAAGGUACAGAAACUGGUUGAGAUGGGAUUUCCUGAAGCUCAAGUAAGGAGCAUUUUGGAAUCUGUUGGAGGUGAUGAAAACUUGGCUCUUGAAAGGCUGCUUUAGCUCUUAAAAUGUUGGAACCAAAGAGACAAAAAGUGUUAAUUGAAAUAUAAAUAUAUAAUCUAUUUAAGGACGCCGUAUAGUGUUUUCAUUUUACACAUCCUUCUUUUUUUCCCCCUCUUUUGGAAGUUUGGUACUUGACAUUUUCCUAAUGUUAUUAUACUAGCAGGGAUGAAAUUGAAUACCUUAUUAGCAAGGUUUCUGCUUCAUGUAUGGAUUAUUUAAUUUUGAUCUUGCUGUAUUAUUAAGCUGGUUUACAUAA